AUGGCUGGUUCCGGCAUGGCCGGCCCCGGCCCCCCGCUGCCGCCGCUCCGGCUGCCCCCCGUCCUUCCGAGCACCCGGCACCGGGCCCGGGGCAGCGUCCGGGGAACUGAGAGGGGCCGACCCUCGGUGUCUGGUCCUGCGACCACACACAAAGGAGCUAAAGCAUUUGCAUUUCCCUCCCUUCCCUCCCCUGCUGCCUUUUGUCACCCUCUUCCUCUGCAUCCCACUCUCCAUCAGGCCACCCCCCCCACUGUCACCCUGGCGCUGCGUUGCUUGGAUGGCGUCUUCCUCUCCCCCAAUGAGAAUGACUUCGUGUGCAAGGUCGCUGAAGAACUGGACCAUUUUCUGCUCCAAAACCAGCAUGAGAAAGUUCUCUUGUUCCCCCCCUUGUCCAGCCGCCUCAGGUACCUGAUCCACAGGACCGUGGACAAUGUCGAUUUGUUAAGCAGCUUUUCUGUCGGGGAAGGAUGGAAGAGGAGGACUGUUAUAUGUCACUCAGUCAUAAGGUUGCCCGAGGAGCCUGGCGAUCAGAACAGUUCCUCCAGCAACACGGCGAGAUCCCACCGCCCUCUCCAGUCAAGAGGCAGGGGAGGCAGAGCCGCAGGGCUGCGCCACGCGGAGAUGCCUGCCGAUGGCUCUCGAGUCAACAGAGGUAUCGGCAGGACUAGGCGACCGCCCCGGAGGAAGCCGGAUAAAGCUUUGUAUGUUCCCAGGGUGGUGCGCGAAAAACUGGAGGAGUUGAGAAAUGAAAGCCUGGCCGGAGCUGGAGCUGAGCCAGAUGAUGAUGUCGUGCGAGAGGCAGGGAGCUGCAUUGAAAGUGCAACCGAUGGGACCCCAGCGGAGUUGGGUAACUUUGAGGCCACUACAAAUUCCAGCAGGGUAGCAAGUCAUCUUGAUUCAGUCCCUGGCAAGGAACUUCAUGAAGUCCAGGGCCCUAAAGAGGCAUAUGAAGAACAUAUUGUGGGUGAAAUCAGUGGUGAUAAAAGUAACAAGUGUCCAGUGGACUGUUCAGAUGUCUCUGUGUUGGAGUGUGCCAGGAACCUAUCUGCACUGGAUAAAGACUGUUCAGAUGCCCCUGUAAUGGAGUGUAGCAAAACUCUAUCCCAACAUGAAGACCAGGAUAACAGCAGUACAGAUGCCACUGUAUUGGAGUGUAGCAAAAACCUGCACCAAAUAGAAGAUCAAGAUAAAGACACCAUGGAUGCCAGUGUAUUGGAGUGUAGCGAAAACGUACUGGUCCUGGAAAACCAGGAUAAAGGCUCUAUGAAUGCCACUCUAUCAGAGUGCAGCAAAAACCUAUCCCUACCAGAAGACCAGAAUAAGGAGUCUGUGGAUGCCUCCAUAUUAGAACACAGCAAGAACUCUUCAGUACUUGAAAACCAGGAUGAGGGCCGUACAGACACCAUUGUAUUGGAGCGUAGCCAAAACCUAAGUCUCCCAGAAAAUCAGAAUCAAAGCUGUAUGGAUGCCCGUGGAAUGGAGUAUGGUAAAAAACCAUCUGUAUUGGCAGACCAGGAUAAGCACUGCAUGGAUACCUCUGUAUUAGAUCAUGCCCAAAAGAUAUCCCUACCAGAAGAUCAGGAUGAGGACUGUACAGUCCUGGCGGGCAGACUGCGGUGUGGGUUGGAAUUGUCUGCAGAGGAUAGAGGCACCGAAAACCCUGCAGUGGAUGAGCAGAGCAGCGUAGAGGAUGACUGUGGUGCUGAACUCUUGCAAGAGAUUGCAACUUAUUUGACUGUAAAGGACAUUAGCGUCGAGAAGAUCCAGUUCGAUUAUUCCAGCUAUGGGGAUGCACAGAUCAAUGAGGGAGAUUUUGGACAUGUUAUAGAGAUCUACGAUUUCUUGCCAUCCCUGAAAACUGAGCAUCUGAUGGAAGCAUUUUCAGAGUUCCACAAGAGUGGUUUCAAAAUUCAGUGGGUCGAUGACACUCAUGCCCUGGGUAUCUUUUCCAGUCUGGCAGCAGCAUCUCAGGCCUUGGGGCAGAGUUAUCCUUCUCUAAAGAUCCGAUCCUUGAUUCACGGGACAAGACAGUCUAAAACCAAGGCACUUCAACGACCAAAGCUCCUUCAGCUGGCUAAAGAGAGACCCCAGACUGACACUGCAGUGGCUAGAAGGCUGGUGACAAGGGCGCUGGGUUUGCAGCACAAAAAGAGAGUCUCAGGUGGUGACAUGCUACAGCCCGAGAACUUGGAGCUGGAAGAGUAAACUGACUCGGAGCCGAAGACAAGCUUUGAAGGAGCCAGGGUGGGAUAGCGAACUGCAUGCAGAACAGUGAGUUGCCAUUAGGACACACUGUGGAGUUGUGGGGUUUUUUUUUUUCUUUAAAUGGGGGAAGGGAACAAGUUUACUGUUGUUGAUAUUGAACUCCCUUGUUGCAUUCUGGGAAACGGGCCAUUUA